AUGAAGUCCUGUCUUCUUUACCCUCCCAACAGCCACUUGCUGACUGACAGUGUCAUUAGCGCCGUGGUAGUCAAGAGCAAACGACCAUCGUACGUAUACGACAAAGACAAUAAUGCCUCGACAUCCGAGCAUCUACCCGACUGCACUUUCAAGCCAACAACCUCCGCCCGGUCUGGUUUGGGUCCAACCAAAUACCAAGUGAGAAAGAACGCACGGAAUAAACUCAGUAUGACCGAAAAAGAAGCCCUCGAACUCCACCUACAGCGACGACGGGUGAUUCAACAAAGAUACAGGAAGAAUAUCGAGCAUAAACAGAGAGCCCUGGUGGCUGACGUCGCUAAACUACAAAUGGAGGUGCAGAGAAUCGAGUUAAUUCUCCACCCACCACCUCGUGUGGCUCCCGAUACAACAUCGUGGAAGGCGGUGGUGGAGUUCGUCCACCUUUUUCGAUCCGUGGUUGCUGCACCUGGUGAGGAAGAGCUCAAAGACACCACUGCCCUGAAGGGCGUAAACCAAACUCAGAAACAGUUUUUGUUCACUAUCAUGGCUCCUGACAUCGCGUUUAACAACGGGUACGGCAUUGACAGAGUGCUGAGCCAUUGGCAUUUCUGUUCACUGCACUUCCUCAAAAUGGAGGUCCGACUAGUUUGCUUGGAGCAUGGUUCAGGAAACGAGAUGAUUGCCCAUUUGAGCAAUUGCACUAUUAUCACGGAAAGUAUGCUACGCAACUCGCUUUUCUGUGAUGGCAAAGAAGGAGACAACGAAUGGCCGUCGUUUGCAUGGAAGCUUCUUGGCCAACGACUUACAGUUCAGACCACUGUGCGAUUCGAAUGGGAUGACAAGAACAGGCGCUUUGAAAGUGUUUUCUUCGAGGCAGAUAUGCUGACCCCUUUGCUCAAGCUCUUGGGGGAUAUGGAAGAUGCGUCGACAGUUUUAAGCAGCAAUAUCGGAAUCUAUUAG